GACAUAGACAGAGAGACAGGAAGACAUAAACGCUCGGUGAACUCCGAAACUCUCUCCGUCUAGGAUUUCCCAAUUCCCUCAUUCUUCCCUCGCUCAAUUCAAAUUCCCCCGACUUUUUCUCCGAAAUCCCAGCUUUCAUUUCCCCAUAUAGUCCAUGACUUUGAUCGUCUAAUUUAGGGUUCCCGAUUCCGACUCAGUCUCCGUCGCCGGCCGGCCAGCUCCAAUCGGUAGAAGAUGUCGAAAUUCGAAGGGGGGAGGAAGAUGGGUGGGGAUUCAGGUAAUGUGAGAUUGCUGAAUGAGAUUGAGACUAUAAGCAAAGGCCUAUAUGCAGACAAAAGGCCCUCCAGGAGUACUAGUUCAAGUUCUAUAGGGAGUAAUGUGCCGAAGUUGCUAGGGAAGAAUCAAUUGCCUGAUCCAAAAUCGAAGGCGAAGCCUGGUGGGGAUAACUCAUUGCUCAAAGAGAAGAGGUCGUUUUGGAAUUGGAAGCCGUUGAAGGCGUUUACGCAUAUCAGGAACCGGAGAUUUAACUGCUGCUUUACACUUGAAGUUCAUUCUGUUGAAGGGUUGCCGUCGGAUUUGCAUAAUAUUAGUCUUUGUGUGCAUUGGAAGAGGAGGGAUGGGAUUUUUGUUACUAAUCCAGUGAAGCUUGUUCAAGGCGCGGCGAAAUUUGAGGAGAAGUUGACUCACACAUGCUCAGUGUAUGGGAGUAGGAGUGGUCCCCAUCAUUCCGCAAAGUAUGAGGCAAAGCAUUUCUUGCUGUAUGCUUCUGUGUUUGGUGCACCGGAACUUGAUUUGGGAAAGCAUAGGGUUGAUCUCACGAGGUUGCUUCCUCUGACAUUGGAGGAAUUAGAGGAGGAGAAAAGCUCAGGGAACUGGACAACAAGUUUUAAACUAUCAGGAAAGGCUAAAGGUGCAACGCUGAAUGUUAGUUUUGGGUAUACAGUGCUUGGGGAUAAUACCAGUGCAUCAAGAAGCAGCCAGAAUGCUCCUGAGGGGGUGGUGUCAAGGCCAACUAACUCGAGUUUGGCAAAAGUAGGGACCAAAUAUAGUCAGGUUGAUGCAAGGAGAAGUAUGCAGCGUGGUGAAAGUCUUCCUAGUCAGCGUUCAAGGGCUUCAACUCGCUCCGUAGGGGACACAAAGGAUCUUCAUGAGGUUUUACCAAUAUCAAAGUCGGAACUAUCCAGUUCAGUAGGUGUGCUGUAUCAGAAAUUUGAUGAAGAAGAGAAGUCAGGUACUCCAGCUGUUUACAAGCCUGAACUUGAAGUUCUCAUCGAAACUGUCGAGCCUAUUUCUAGUGAAGUAAAAGUAGAGAAUGAUUGUGAAGAAGAAGACUUUUCUGUAGUUGAGCAGGGGAUAGAACUGCCAUCAGAGGAAGUAAUGGAUUCAGAUGUUAUUACAGAGCCUGUUGACGCUUUUGCAGCAGGUCAUGUUGCUGAAAUCACCACUGGUUUACAGGAAGCAGCUGACGAAGGAACUGAGCUCCAUUCCCAGGUUGAGGAACAAGUUGGUCGUACGGAUAAGCUUGUGCUAUGUGAUUCCGGUUCCAAAGAAGAUGGCCUAUGCACCAGAGAAUCACUUAUGAAAGAGCUUGAAUCAGCGUUAAGUAAUGUGUCAGAUAUGGAGGCAGAAGAACUAGAAUCUCCUGAAGACAUGAAAUGUUUUGUAGAUGAUAAACUAUAUAAAAGAAAUAUGAUGGGAAGUUCAUGUAGCUUGGAUGAUGUUACAGAAUCUGUUGCAAAUGAGUUCUUGAACAUGCUAGGGAUAGAGCAAAGUCCAUCUAGCAUUAGCUUUGGAAGUGAACCCGAGUCCCCAAGAGAGCGUCUGCUAAGACAGUUCGAGAAGGAGGCACUCGCCACAGGUUGUUCUUUGUUUGAUGAUUUCGACACGGUACCUGAUGAAGAACCAGAAUGCAGCUACAGCGAUGCAACCGGGUCCAAUUGGAGCCACCUCUCCGAGAGUUUUGAUCUUUCUUCCAUGAUUCAAGCUGCAGAGGAGGAGCAUCUGAUGGCAGCUCAACCUGCAAGGAGUAAAGCAAAGGCCAAAAUGUUGGAAGACUUGGAAACAGAAGCAUUAAUGCGUGAGUGGGGUUUGAAUGAGAUGGCCUUUCAGCAUUCUCCACCAAAAAGCUCUUCUGGGUUUGGAAGUCCGUUAGAUUCACCUCUCAAAGAUCCAUGUGAAUUGCCUUCCCUUGGAGAAGGCAUAGGCCCUUUUCUUCAGACAAAAAAUGGAGGGUUUGUACGGUCUAUGAACCCCACACUUUUCAAAAAUGCUAAAAGCGGUGGGGACUUGAUCAUGCAGGUUUCUAGCCCAGUUGUGGUACCAGCAGAAAUGGGUUCUGGGGUAAUAGAUAUAUUGCAGCAUUUGGCUUCAGUAGGAAUCGAAAAGCUUUCUAUUCAGGCGAAUAAGUUAAUGCCCUUGGAAGAUAUAACUGGAAAGACAAUGGAGCAAGUAGCUUGGGAAGCUUUGCCGGCUUUGGAAGGACCUCAGAGGGAUUAUAGCACGCAGCAUGAAACAGUUGUUGGGCAAGAUAUACCAGAUGGGCGAACAAGAGUCAAAGGAAGUUCAUCUGGGCCCAAGUCUAAAAAGUCUAAGAAAAACACAGUUGACAAUGAGAUGGCCUCAGAAUAUGUUUCUUUGGAAGAUCUUGCACCUUUAGCCAUGGAUAAAAUUGAAGCACUUUCAAUUGAGGGGCUGAGAAUACAAUCCGGGAUGUCAGAUGUGGAUGAACCUUCAAGCAUUAGCACAGAGUCUGUGGUGCAAAAUCCAGCUCUCCAGGGCAAGGGUGUUAAUGUUGGCAAAUUCCUUGGUUUGGAGGGAGCUGCUGGACUGCAGUUGAUGGACAUAAAAGAUGGUGGGAAUGAUGUUGAUGGACUAAUGGGCCUUUCAUUAACUCUUGAUGAAUGGAUGAAACUUGAUUCUGGUGAAAUUGAUGAUGAAGAUCAUAUUAGUGAGAGAACUACCCAAAUCCUUGCGGCCCAUCAUGCAAACUCUUUGGACAUGAUUCGUGGAGGGUCAAAGGGAGAGAGAAGGCGUGGCAAAGGAGCGCGAAAAUGUGGUUUGUUAGGGAAUAAUUUCACAGUAGCAUUAAUGGUGCAACUUCGUGAUCCGCUAAGAAAUUAUGAGCCUGUUGGGGCUCCAAUGCUUGCUCUUAUUCAAGUUGAGAGAGUAUUUCUCCCACCAAAGCCCAAGAUAUACAGCACCGUUUCUGAACUACGGAAAAGUAAUGAAGAGGAUGACGAGUCUGGGUCAGUGGUGAAAGAUGACAUUAAGGAGGAGAAAAAAGAUGAGAAGCUUCCUGAAGAGGAAAGUAUUCCUCAGUUUAAAAUCGCUGAAGUCCAUGUCGCUGGUCUGAAAACUGAGCCCGGGAAAAAGAAGCUAUGGGGUAAUACAAACCAGCAACAAUCAGGUUCCCGCUGGCUGGUUGCAAAUGGAAUGGGGAAAAACAUUAAGCAUCCAUUUUUGAAGUCAAAGGGCAAGGCUCCUCUGAAAUCUUCUACUUCUGCGACAACAAAGGCACAGCCUGGUGAUACAUUGUGGAGCAUCUCUGCUCGUGUCCAUGGCGAUGGAUCAAAGUGGAAGGAAUUGGCAGCAUUGAAUCCGCAUAUAAGGAACCCCAAUGUUAUCAUACCAAAUGAAACUAUCAGAUUGUGCUGAGUGCUGGUGGCCUUGAUUUAAUACUCUUUACUCAGCUGGGGUGUAACUGGAGUCCAUGUAAAGAGGCAAGUUUACAGCGUCCAGACUUCAGACAAGGUUGAUUCUUUUGCAUGUGAAGUUAUUCGUGUAUUUGCUUGAAACAAGAGAUGUAAAUUAUUCGUGUAUUUGCUUGAAACAAGAGAUGUAAAUCCAUAUGGAUUUUCAGGUCCAUCUUCAUUCAUGCGGUAAAUCCAAAUGUUUUGCAAGUCUGUUGUAAUUGGCGUGUUGGAAUUGUUUUGCAAUGAAAUGAAUAAUGUUUUAGGCAUCAUUUCGAUUCUUUUAUCUUCACUUGUUUCAACUCUGUACUCGUUUCAAACAAAUAGGUUCUAUAAUAAUUCAAGAAGCUAUGAUUUAUGA